UGGUGGAGCGAGUCCGGGGGCGCCUGGACGACGAGGAGGACCAAGCAGCGUCCAGGGCAGGGGCACGCGGGGUACUGGGCACCCGAGGGCGGGGGCGCCCGCGGCUGCGGUUACAGCUGCGGCUGAGGCGGGCUUGGGGCGCUCCCCCCGCGAGCGAGACCUUGUGCGCAGGACCGGGCGCCGGUGUUUACCUGGCGUCCUAGCAACCGGCGGACGCAGGGGGCGGAGCGCGGGGCGGGCGCAGAGCCCUGCGCUGCAGUGUGUGCGCUGAGCUCGGAUCUGAGCGGUGACAGGUCCCAUGGGUGUGGCGCUGACCAGGUCAGCGCAGUGGACAGCCGCGGGGCACGGGACGAGGAACCUGGAAAUCACUCCUCUAAAUGAGGCAAUACUGAAGGAGAUUAUUAUAUUUGUGGAGAGUUUUAUCUAUAAACAUCCCCAAGAAGCAAACUAUGUAUUUGUAGAACCACUGGAAUGGCAAACAAAGUUGGACCCCUCAGCAUUUGGAUCAGGGUACGCUGUCAGUGAAACCACAGUCAAAUCAGAGGAAGUCGAUAAAAACGGAGAGCCUUUGCUGUUUCUCUCUGUGCCACAAAUUAAAAUUAGGAGCUUUGGGCAGUUGUCACGCUUGUUAUUUAUUGCCAAAAACACAAAGCUGAAGGAAGCACAAGCAUGUAUUGAAGCAAACAGAAAUCCCAUAACAAAAAUUCUGGGCUUGGAUUAUAAUGUGAUAAAUGAAAUAAAUGAAGAUUCCACGCUCUUGACCAUUCUUGAUAAAAUUACCAAAGAUGAGGAUCCUGAAAGUGAAACUAAAGUGAAGAUUGCCCUGCUACUCAAGCAGUUGGACCUGCACCUGCUCAAUCAUUCUCUAAGACAUAUUUCACUAGAAAUCCGGUUAAAUCCUAGGACUGUUAAGAAUGACAUAGAACUGCUUAAAAAGUUCUCAGGAAAGGGAGAACAGACAGUCUUGGAAUCUAUCGACUAUACUUCAGAUUAUGAAUUUUCAAAUGGAUGUCGAGCCCCACCCUGGAGACAAAUGCAAGGGGAAAUUUGUUAUGUGCUGGUGAAACCACACGAUGUGGAAAUUUUGUGCCUUACUUGCAGCAACGAAGGAGUGUUUUUAAACGGUGGCAAAACCGAUGAUGAGGGGGAAAUUAAUUAUGAGAGAAAAGGUGAAAUUUAUAAAGACCUUGUCACACUUUUAAAAGAAAAAUCAGCAGUAUUUUCAGAAAAUAUGUCUAAACAGGAAGUUAGAUUCAGUGAAGAACAGCAAAAGGAAAAGGAUCAGCUGAAUGAGGUACCCAAGGAGGAGGAAGCAGCUGCCUUACAUAAAGCCAGCAAUGCUUCCCACAGGAGUAAUUUGGAGAAGAACCAAAUUAAUUUGGGGAAGAAUCAGAUGACCAAGAGAUUAGAGCCAAGUUUAAACUGGAAGACCACUGUUGAUGCCAAAGAGAAAAGACGCUUACAAAGAGACAACCUAGAAGAAAAGCGUGGAGGAAGACUUGAGAAGCCCAGACCAUCUAUUUUGCCUGGAAGAGCACAGUUAAUUCGCAGGAGUAUUGAGAAGGCUGAGGAAGUUAUUAGUGAGAGCUCCUCAGAGAGUGAGGAAGAUGAAGAACCACCUGAUCAUCGUCAGGAAGCAAAUGCAGAUUUACCAUCAGAAUACUGGCAAAUUCAAAAACUGGUGAAAUAUUUGAAGGGAGGAAAUCAGACGGCCACAGUGAUUGCACUGUGUUCAAUGAAGGACUUCAACUUGGCACAAGAGACCUGCCAGUUGGCGAUCAGGGAUGUUGGAGGCCUUGAAGUUUUAAUAAAUUUACUUGAGACGGAUGAAGUCAAAUGUCAGAUUGGUUCAUUAAAAAUCCUGAAGGAAAUCAGUCAUAAUCCUCAAAUCAGACGUAAUAUUGUUGACCUUGGGGGCUUACCAAUUAUGGUUAAUAUACUUGAUUCUCCGCAUAAGAGUCUGAAAUGUUUGGCAGCUGAGACGAUAGCAAAUGUUGCCAAGUUCAGAAGAGCCCGGCAGGCCGUGCGACGCCACGGGGGGAUCACCAAACUGGUCGCUCUACUUGACUGUGGGCAGAAUUUGCCGGAACCGGCUUACUUGAGCCUGUACGAGACCCGAGACGUGGAGGUGGCCCGCUGUGGGGCGCUGGCUCUGUGGAGCUGCAGCAAGAGCUAUGCGAAUAAAGAAGCCAUCCGCAAAGCCGGGGGCAUUCCUCUGUUGGCUCGGUUACUGAAGACGUCUCACCAAGAUAUGCUCAUUCCGGUGGUGGGGACAUUGCAAGAAUGUGCCUCAGAGGAAAACUACCGAGCUGCAAUCAAAGCGGAAAGGAUCAUUGAAAAUCUGGUGAAGAACCUCAAUAGUGAAAACGAGCAGCUGCAGGAGCAUUGCGCCAUGGCCAUCUACCAGUGUGCAGAAGAUGAGGAGACCCGUGACCUGGUUAGGCUGCAUGGAGGACUCAAACCCCUGGCCUCCCUCCUCAACAACACUGACAAUAAAGAACGCUUGGCCGCUGUCACAGGGGCGAUAUGGAAAUGUUCCAUCAGCAAAGAGAAUGUCAUCAAAUUUCGGGAGUACAAAGCCAUCGAAACUUUGGUGGGACUUCUAACUGACCAGCCGGAAGAAGUGCUUGUGAACGUCGUUGGUGCGCUGGGAGAAUGCUGUCAAGAGCACGAGAACAGGGUCAUUGUCCGGAGGUGCGGGGGCAUUCAGCCUCUUGUGAACCUCCUCGUUGGAAUAAACCAAGCUCUACUUGUCAAUGUCACGAAAGCUGUCGGCGCUUGUGCAGUAGAGCCUGAGAGUAUGAUGAUAAUUGAUCGCUUAGACGGAGUGCGUUUGUUGUGGUCCCUCCUAAAAAACCCACAUGCUGAUGUGAAGGCCAGUGCAGCCUGGGCUCUCUGUCCCUGCAUCCAGAAUGCAAAGGAUGCUGGAGAAAUGGUUCGUUCCUUUGUUGGUGGUUUGGAACUCGUGGUCAAUUUACUGAAAUCAGAUAAUAAAGAAGUUUUGGCAAGUGUGUGUGCUGCUAUUACCAAUAUAGCCAAAGACGAAGAAAAUUUAGCUGUUAUCACAGAUCACGGAGUUGUCCCUUUAUUGUCCAAACUAGCAAAUACAAAUAAUGACAAGCUGAGGCGUCACCUGGCCGAAGCUAUUUCACGUUGCUGUAUGUGGGGCCGAAACAGAGUGGCCUUCGGGGAGCACAAGGCAGUGGCUCCGUUGGUGCGUUACCUGAAGUCCAGUGACACCAACGUGCACAGAGCGACAGCUCAGGCUUUGUACCAGCUCUCAGAAAAUGCUGACAACUGCAUCACCAUGCACGAGAACGGCGCUGUGAAGCUUCUACUGGAUAUGGUUGGAUCCCCGGAUCAGGAUCUCCAAGAAGCUGCUGCUGGCUGUAUAUCCAACAUCCGCAGGCUGGCUCUUGCUACAGAAAAGGCGAGAUACACUUGAAACUCAAACUGACAGUACAAGUGACCAAAUAUUACAUGAAACAGAACAUGUCACUCCUCUGCCCAGGAAGCCUAAACUGGGAAACAUUUUGUACCAAAUCCUCUACAGGCAGAUGUCUAACUGAAAACAAAGGAAUUCAGAAGUGCUAAGGAUGCUGUUUAUCCAAAAUUUGCAUAAGUAUUUUUGUUCUAUUAGGAAUACACCAAACUAUUUGUGAUCAUAUUUUCCAGGAAUCUGAGAUACAUGUAUUCAGCAUGUAUAGAUAUCUAUCUAUUUAUAUCUGUUUUGGCAAUGCUUUUGUCUUUGUGUUAAUUUUAAUGAAAGAUAGGGCUUUCCUGGUGUGCAUUUUUUAUAGUCAUUCACGAGUGUCUUUAGAAUUCCCUUUCUGUUAAACCAAUCUAACUGUCCUGUCAGUAUGGUUUUGUUUGUGUGAUCGUUUGCAACCCACCGGAGAGCUCUGAGAUGUGCUGAUUUCGCAAACUGUUAUUCAAUAGAGUUUGGAGUUAAGCAGCUGGACUUAGGGAGACCAUCCUGAGGUCAUUCCAAGUUUCUUCUAAAGACUAUGAACAUCCGAGAAGACAAUGGAUAACUGUCACUGUAGCAGAGAAUGCAAAUCACAAAAACAUAAGCAGUGAGUGAGAUUUUCACUUUAGGGUUUCCAAAGAAUAAACAAUUGCAUGUUUUAUUUCCCUCACAGGCUUCACCAACGCUUUUAUUGAAAGAAUUAAUUUAUGCCGAUAUGAGGAUAAUAUUACCUCCCAUAAAAUUGCUUUGAAUUUUUGAACUUGUUUUCAGCACACAAAGUACUAUUUAAAAAGUAGCUACAAAGGAGUAAUAGCAUUUUAUCAGGUUAUAGAAACAUUAGAAGGCACUUAAAAGAAUCACAUAUGUAACCUUGGUGUGCUGAAAUGUUUGGGAACUGACCGUCCCCAGCGUCUAAAACUAGCUAGAAAAAUGGCUUUGCAUGCAUCCGCUCAGUAAACCGACAAUCUUGGUUAAUGCUUUGAAAGAGCAGGCAAGAAGGUUUUAUUGAAAAAUAUUAAGACCUGUGUGUGUUUGUCAUAAUUUGACGAUCGUAGACUUAAUUGAGUUAAAUGUAAAUAAUUCGUCUGAAAUGAAAACGGCUGUACAGAAUGAAAAUUAUACCAGAGAUAGAUUCUCUGAUAAAAACGUGAGGCAUUUCUGAGAAUUAUCAGGUUUUGUAAAACACCAACUCAUCUUCAUUGCUUUUCAAAGGAGGACAUAAAAGAGGCUAAUAGAAACAAGGAAAUGAUCCCAAUGCUAAUGAAGAAUUGAAUUUAAAUAAUAGUUAAAUCCUUUAACGUACAUCAGUAGGUAUUUCUAAUGUCAAAGUCACUGGUUAGUUGUGUUUCACUAACAUUAAAAAACACACCUACAAGUCAUGAAUUAUGACAGCUACAGAAAAAGAAUACAUGUUAUUAUUAAAGGAAGCUUUCACCAUCAUUUUAAGGUUUUUAAAUAUCCUUGGAAUUAGUGGGUCCUGAAAGUGGAGGGAAGCAACAGGGGAGGAAAAAAAAAAAACCAAAAAAAACCCGCACAAAGACAACUGGAUGGUUGGGAAGAUUGUUCCUUUAUCAUACGCAAGUUUAGGAUUUCUGUUUGUAAAUGUUAAUAAAUGCAUAAAAUAAGAGCAACAGUACCGUUUUAAAAGAAACUAAACUUGUGGAAACAUACAGUAAAUUAACAUGAAAGUCAUGUUGUGUAUUACUAACAACUGUUUCUUUUAAUUCUAAAACACCAGAAAUGUAGUACCUUUAGAGUAAACAAAAGAGCAGCAAAA